CCCAAAAGUCGUCUUCUCCUCCUCCUCUCCGCCAACCGUACUGUAACACAACAGAGAAACCGCAGAAUUGGAGCUUUCCGGCAAUGGAAGACCCCAUUGAAGUGGGAGGAAAGUCAGGGCUCCCGCGUCUCCAAGGCCGCCAUAUCAAGAAAAGGGCACUCAAGAACAAAGCGCUCUCCGUCACCUUCAACGAAAAGGAUCUCAGGGACUAUGUGAGCGGGUUUCACAAGAGGAAGAAGAAGAGGAGAAAGGAAGCCCAGAAGAAGCAGGAAGAGGCCCUCCGCCGCAAGCGAAUUGGGGAACGCAAAAAGAGGAAACUAGAGAAAGAAUUAGCUCUAUUUGGAGGAGCUCCACCACCAGAAAAUACUGAACCUGAUGAAGAUGAUGCUGAUGACUUCCAUGAGACGGAUGAGGAGAUUGAACCCCAUGAAUUGACAUCUGGGAUGAUGAUUUAUGACAAUGGUCACAUGAAAGUCACUGUGACAACUAGUGACAUAUCUCGUGAAGAUGAGAGCAUUUCUGCAGAGCACAAUGCACAAGCAAUGCUGCAGAAUAGACCCAGUGGAAUGGCAAAGACGAAUAGCCUGUCGGUGAGUAAGAAGAAAUCUUUCAAGAGAGUCGCGAAGCAGAAACCGAGAAGAAGUUCUCACAAGAAGAGGGACCGCAACAAGGGAAAGAAGAAGCACAAGAAGAAGCACUGAUCUUGGCUUUUAUCCUUUUGACCGCUGAAUAUCUGUUUGUGUUGAUAUUAUUCUUAGAUUUUGAGGUUGCCCUGAAAUAGUUUUACAAGGUUUUGAUUUAUGAUAUCCAUCUGACCAUGUAUUUGGAUUUAAGCAUGAAAUUGCACGUAAGAUAUAUAUCUAUAUAUAUAUAUAUAUAAACCUAUCAGAUUUCAUGUUU